UUGGAGCAGGAGAAAAGUUUGUACAGAGGCUGGAAGGGCGAGAGCGGAGCUCGAAACCCUGCAGCCAGGAGUAAAAAGAUGAAAGAUCCCAGGUCAGAACCUCAGGCCGAGCGGACCUCAAACCGCCCCUGGGGCGUCGGAAGCACCCUCAGUGUCAGCCGCCAGCCCCGAUAGCCGCCCGUGCUGCCCAGGGCUGAGGAGGACCGCGGCCCGAAUCCGGGACUGAGGCUCCGUGCCACCUGCGCGCGCGGCCCCACACCUGCGCGCUGUCCGCCGGGGGACCGGACCUGCGGGCUCCUCAAAGUUUGGUCCCGUCUUUGAAGGUACGGAAGAAAAAAAGAAGAAAGAAAGAAAGAAUCCAAGAUCAGGUUGAAUUGACCCAUCCCGCUACCCUUCUGGCUCUCCCAAGUGUUCGAAAGCUUGCCAUUCUGACCCCAGUUCCGGAAAAUUGGCAGCCACAGAGACCCGGUUCUGAGAAGACAAAGGCUUGGCAAGCUCUACACUGAGCGGGCGAGACCGAGGGCAGGUUGGAGGCGUGUGGUGGACGUCUGAGUCUUGACCCUGGGGUCCUCCGCGGCCCCCAUCGCCGCGGCUCCCACAGACCCAGCCUCGAACUCCAAGGCUGCGUACCGAGGGUCACCACCAUGUCCACUCCUGGGGUCAAUGCGUCCGCCUCCUCUACCCCUGACCGUCCGAACAGCCCGGUGACCAUCCCGGCGGUGAUGUUCAUCUUCGGGGUAGUGGGCAACCUGGUGGCCAUCGUGGUGCUGUGCAAGUCGCGCAAAGAGCAGAAGGAGACGACCUUCUAUACGUUGGUGUGCGGGCUGGCCGUCACCGACCUGCUGGGCACGUUGCUGGUGAGCCCGGUGACCAUCGCCACGUACAUGAAGGGCCAGUGGCCCGGAGGCGAAGCACUCUGCGAGUACAGCACCUUCAUCCUGCUCUUCUUCAGCCUGUCCGGCCUCAGCAUCAUCUGUGCCAUGAGUAUCGAGCGCUACCUGGCCAUCAACCACGCCUACUUCUACAGCCACUACGUGGACAAGCGGCUGGCCGGCCUCACGCUCGUCGCGGUCUAUGCAUCCAACGUGCUCUUCUGCGCGUUGCCCAACAUGGGCCUGGGCAGCUCGCGGCUGCAGUACCCGGACACCUGGUGCUUCAUUGACUGGACCACCAACGUGACGGCGCACGCCGCCUUCUCCUACAUGUACGCGGGCUUCAGCUCCUUCCUCAUUCUCGCCACCGUGCUCUGCAAUGUGCUGGUGUGCGGUGCGCUGCUCCGCAUGCACCGCCAGUUCAUGCGCCGCACCUCGCUGGGCACCGAGCAGCACCACGCGGCGGGCCCAGUCGCGGUGCCCUGGGCCCCCUGCCGCAGCAACCCGACCGCCGCCUCCCCCGUUCUGCCGCGCCUCAGCGACUUUCGCCGCCGCCGGAGUUUCCGCGGAAUAGCGGGCGCCGAGAUCCAGAUGGUCAUCUUACUCAUCGCCACCUCCCUGGUGGUGCUUAUCUGCUCCAUCCCGCUCGUGGUACGGGUGUUCAUCAACCAGUUAUAUCAGCCACGUUUGGUGCAAGAAAUCAGCAAAAACCCAGACUUGCAGGCCAUCCGAAUUGCUGCUGUGAACCCCAUCCUGGACCCCUGGAUCUAUAUCCUUCUGCGGAAGACCGUGCUCAGCAAAGCAAUAGAGAAGAUCAAGUGCCUCUUCUGCCGCAUUGGCGGGUCCCGCAGAGACCGUUCGGGACAGCACUGCUCAGACAGCAGAAGGACAUCUUCCGCCAUGUCUGGCCACUCCCGCUCCUUCCUCUCCCGAGAGCUGAAGGAGAUCAGCAGCACAUCUCAGACCCUCCUGUACAUGCCGGACCUCAGUGAAAAUGGUCUUGGCGGCAGGAAUCUGCUUCCCGGUGUACCUGGCACGGGCCCGGCCCAGGCAGACACCACCUCCCUGAGGACUUUGCGAAUAUCAGAGACCUCGGACUCCUCCCAGGGGCAGGAUUCAGAGAGUGUGUUACUGGUGGACGAGGUUAGUGGGAGCAGCAGGUCUGGGCCUGCCCCCAAGGGGAACUCUCUGCAAGUCACAUUUCCCAAUGAAACACUGAACUUAUCAGAAAAAUGUAUAUAGUAGCUAAGGAAAGAAAUACAGCACUAUUUCUGCUAUUUCUGGAAGCAUAUAAAAUCCUGUGCAACAGACACAUAAAUGAAGUGUUUCGCUGUGCGCAGAAGGGCUGUUUGUCCUUCAACUCACAUUAAAGAACAUCUGGGCUCUUUAGCACUUUCCAAUCAAGUUGAUUCAUAGGGGACCCAGGGUCUGAAGCACAUUGGUUUUCACUUCACUAUGACACAGGAUUUCUGUCACCACUUGAUGGCUGGGAAGAUCUACCCUCAGUUUUUCUACUUGAUAGGAGGAUGGCAUAAGUUUUGCUAUUUUCAUAACAUCCAGAGCUUUAUAUCUGGCAUACAGCAGAAGGCCAGGUAUGGAAGGGCUCUAUUCCAAUAAACUAUGAGGACUAUCUUGUGAUUUAAGUGUCUCACUAAAGCAUGAAAUGUGAAUUUUACUGUUGUAAAUAUGACUUAAGGUAUUUAAAGUAUUUUCUUCUCUGUGAGAAGGUUUAUUGUUAAUACAAGGUAUAAUAAAAUUAUGGUAACCCCCUUCUUCCCAGUAUAACCAGCUGAAGUUGCAGAUGUUAGAUUUUUUUCAUAAACAAGUUCAGGCCAAGGUGUGGAAAAUACACAGUGAGACUCAUAGCUAUAAAAAAAAGAUAUAAAUUUUUAAAAGAAAGAGUUUAAUAUUAUAAAAGGAAUAAAGCAAAAUACUAUUUUAAGACAUGAACAUUAUAGUCCAAAAUAUUAAAGUUCUUUCCAAGUUAUGUGUGAUACAUAGUGAAAAAUUUUUAGUGAUGCUACAUGUAUUUAUCCAGAAAACUGUGAUUUCGGAAGAAGCUAACCUGCUGGUUAAAAUAUUUUUUCUACUUUUGUCCCCACUGAUACUUUUAAAAAUAUAACGAAUUUUAAAAAGUCUGAAUAAAUAACCCAUAAUUGAAGUGUAUAAUAUAAAAGAAGUCUAAGCAACUUGUUUUCCCUCUUAAAGUGUUCAUAGUUUUACUUUCCUAAGGAAUGAUCUAGAGUAUCCUUUAAAAUUUAAGAGGAAGGCAGGUUGCACCAUGAAGGCCUUUAUUUUGAGAUGUGGAAGUUAUCACAGAUGCCGUAAGAGUUUAACAACAUAAAGAGUGCAGGACUUGGACACAUGAGGGUAACCUUCUUGCGGCUUCGUGUAAUACCCAGUGACGCUGUACACAUUUGAAGGACCUUUCUCAAGGAAGUACUAAGCAUGUUUUGUUGCUUAAAAUGUUUUUGUGAAUUGCUUGGUUGUAAUUAAAUUCUGAGCCUGGUAGUGAUACGGUUUUAAGAAGCAGUUGUACCAACUGAAAUUAUUUUGGAGAUUACAAUAAAUAAAUACACUCAGUCUGAGUUCCGUAUCAUCAGUUUUGGAAAACCUGUGUGAUUUUUGGGUUUCAGGUCAUCGUCUACAUCCUUUUAAAUUGGAAUCUUUAAAUUGUUUUAUUUUGAAGUGACAUCAAAUUUAGGAAAAAAGUUACAACAGGAAAAAGCCUUGGAUGCACUUAAUGGCGAAUGAUAUUGGGGAGAAACCAAGAUCUGGGUGUAAGGUGGACUCAAAAUCACAUUUGUAUGGGUGGAGGAGAGUACCAGGGAGACGAUAUUAUGCCUAACUUACUGCAUGUGGAGAACCCAAAUAUUUAUUACAAAAAAAUUAGCAUAAGCUUGUGGCCCUUCCUACUUGUAAAUUCUCUCAAUCAGUGCUUCUCAAACUUGAUCAUGCACUAGAGUCAUCCGGAGAGCUUGUGAGAACAGAUUUUCUGAUUCUGUAGGUCUGGGGUGUAUACACUUCUGAAAAGCUCCUAGGUGACUCUGAUGUAGCAGUAUGAGUACAUACUCGGAGUAAUCCCCAGGAGUGAGGUUGUGAUUUGCCAUUUGCAAGUUUUUAAAGGUAUUUUUGGAUGAUGUCAGAAAAACGGGACUGGCAUCUUCACAAGCCUGAAGGCACAGUGAUUCUCAGCUGAGGUCGGCAUAGCUUAGAAGGAGCUUCUAGUCCAAGCCUGAGAUGUUCCAUUUCCCCAUGCUAACCAAAGCCUAAGAAACAAUGUUUUCAGGGAAUAUUUUACCUGUGAAAGAGGCUUUCAUUCUUCUCCCAUGUAUAUGGACAAUGAGGCAAUCCUUAGAUUUGUAUAUAAAUGAAAUCUAUAUAUUAUAAUAUACUACACAUACUAUAUAUCACCUGUGUUUAUGGAGGAAAAACUAAGCUUCAUUCACAAGUUAGUAUUACUAAUACUCAAAGCAUAAUCUCACUCAUACUUCACUUCAGAGGUUCACCAUCCAGAAUAUAGACUCUGGCUUAUUCUUUUUUUAAUUAAAAUAAAAUUCACAUAUUAUAAAGUUUGCCCCAUAUUUUAGUAUGUUCACAGAAUCAACCAUCACUGCUGAUUCCUGAACAUACUUAUCAUCCCAAAAAGAAGCCACAUGCCUGUCCAUCAGCAGUCACUCCCCAUUCUCCUCUCUCCCUAGCACAUGACAACCACUCUAUCUCUACGGAUUCUCCUGUUCUGGACAUAAAUGGCAUCAUACAAUAUGUGGCCUUCAAUAUCAGGCUUGUUUCACUUAGCAUAAUAUUUUCAAGGUUCAUCCAUGUUGUAGCAUGAAUCAGUUCUACAUUUCCCUCUCAUGGCUGAAUAAU